AUGGUUGAGGAUUCAAGAGUUAGAGACGCUAAAAGAAAUGGUGAGCAACGUGCACUACCUGCAUCGUUAGUUCCUGAAGCUCCCCCAGUGCUGACAUCCCGUGAUAAGAACACUAGAAGGAUGAUCGUCGUCCUAUCCGAGGCCUCAUUGGAGACACAUAAGAUUUCCUCGGGUCCUGGGGGUGAUAAAUUUGCAUUGUUGAAUUGUGAUGAUCAUCAAGGUAUCUUAAAGAAAAUGGGUAGAGACAUCAGUGAAGCAAGACCAGAUAUUACCCACCAAUGUUUGUUAACAUUGUUAGACUCCCCAAUUAACAAAGCUGGGAAAUUACAAGUUUAUAUCCAUACAAGUCGUGGUGUCUUGAUCGAAGUGAAUCCAACUGUACGUAUACCUAGAACUUUUAAAAGAUUCUCUGGGCUAAUGGUACAACUAUUGCAUAAAUUAUCCAUCAGAUCAGUAAAUUCAGAAGAGAAAUUAUUGAAAGUCAUUAAAAACCCAAUUUCAGACCAUCUACCAACUAAAUGUCGUAAAGUGACUUUAUCAUUUGAUGCACCUGUGGUACGUGUACAAGAUUACAUUAGUAAAUUGGAUGACGAUGAAUCUGUUUGUGUGUUUGUUGGUGCAAUGGCUCGUGGUAGAGAUAAUUUUGCUGAUGAAUUCGUAGAUGAAAAGAUCGGUUUAUCCAAUUAUCCAUUAUCUGCAUCCGUGGCUUGUUCAAAAUUCUGUCAUGGUGCCGAAGAUGCAUGGGAGAUCCUUUAG